AUGAGAAAUAAAACUAUACAUUUAUACCUAGAAGUGAUAAUUAGAAUAAUAUUAGUUGUUACAUUCUUCAAGUUGGAAACUGUAGAGCCAUUUCAGAGAAAAAUCCUUGCAAAUGAUCUAUGGAAUUAUCGCUACCCGAACCGAGAAUCAUAUGUUCCCAUUACUAUUUUAUGGCCGAUUGUUGUUUUGAUUCCUCUCUCAAUAUUCAUACUUAAUCUUAUAAUAACGAGGCAUGUGAAGGACUUCAAGUCAGCUUUAUUAGGAUAUUCACUAAGUUUCGGAUUGAAUGGAGUUAUUAUUGAUACUAUAAAGUUAUUAGUUGGAAGACCAAGACCAGACUAUUUUGCACGAUGUUGGCCCGAUGGUGUAAUGAAUUCAGAGCAAGUGUGCACUGGAGAGUAUUGGUCAGUCAUUGAUGGACGCAAAUCCUUCCCAUCUGGACACAGUUCGUUCUCAUUUGCAACAUUAGGAUUCCUGAGCUUUUACCUUAUGGGAAAAUUGAGAAUAUUUUCUGAAGAAGGUCGAGGAAAGAGUUAUCGACUGAUAUGCUGUUUUCUACCAUUAAAAACAGCUCUUCUCAUAGCAAUCUCAAGAACAAUGGAUUAUCAUCACUGGAAGGAAGAUGUGAUAGUUGGAAGUUUGAUUGGAUUACUACUUGCAUAUCUUUGCUAUAGACAAUAUUUUCCAUCAUUUUCGUCAAAGAAAUCAAACUUGUGUUAUGAAUUACAUGAACGAACACCCAUCACUGAUGAAUUAUUAGAGAAAGAUAUUAAAUGGAUUUGA